AUGGAUCUGCUGGCUACAGUACGCAAGGAAGGCUCCCGCGGCGGCCGCGGCGACUUCAAGUGGUCUGACGUAGAAGCCUCUUCCCAUCGCGAACAUUAUCUGGGGCACUCUCUGAUGGCGCCCGUCGGUCGCUGGGCGAAAGGUCGCGAUCUGAACUGGUACGCAAAGACCAGUAAUGAAGCAGACAACGAAGAAGAUGCCGAGGCCAAGGCUGCACGAGAGCGGAAAGAAGAGAUCCAACGAAUCAAAGAGGCCGAAGAGGAUGCACUUGCGAGAGCCCUGGGGUUGCCUGUUGCACCAAGGAACAACCCCAACAUGGAAGAAUUAGGCGCCCACCGCGAGGUUGGCAAGGUUUUGAAGGAGGCCACAGACGCGGAUGCUACCACUGGCUCACGCGGCAUCGGAUACGGUGGGCCUGCAGGGACUACAGCAUUGAGAGAGAUGGAUCCGACCAUUGAACGAUUGGAAGAAACUGCGAGCGGACAAGAUAAGGAGUUGCAAUAUGCACUCAGAGAAUACUCAAGACGCCACGGUGGUGAGAGGCGUAGAAGCCGCAGCCGCAGCAGAGAUCGUCGGAGAGAUGAUGAUCGCCGAAGAAGGCACGGCACUGACCGUCAUCGAAGAAAACAUCGAUCACCGGCGUCGAGCGCCCGCGACCAACUUAAGACCAGAAGAUCUAGGUCGCCGUCACGCGAGAGGCAUCGCGAUCAUCGUCGGCGGGAUCGAUCGAGGAGCAGGUCUCCUAGACCACCCCGCCAUGGGGCAGCCCACGAACGGCGCGACAGUGAAAGACGACACGAAAGACAUUGA